GCAAUAGUGUUUCCCUGGCAUGUGAUGUAUACUCGCUGGCUCAACUAUUCUUUUUCUGACAGAGAAGUCUUCUGUUUUGUCUCUUAGUCAUGCUUAUAUAUUCUCUGAUUUAAGUUUUUUUCAAUCUACCCUUAAAACAGUUUAUCAAUUUUCUCCCUCCCAAACUCAAAUUAUGUCUACUUCGUCUUCGUCUUCGUCUAUUUGGUCAGUUUCUUAUAGAAAGCUUAAGUUCUUUUCUAGAAUCCGUAGGUUUUUGCAAUCCAAAGCCAUAAGGAAGGGAUCAUACGGGUCUUCGUCAAAGUCCGAUAAUUCAAAUAAGUUAAGAACAAUAGACAACAAUGAUAAAGAUGAGGAAGAUCAUCAGCUAGUUAUCGAGAAAGAAAGCGAGCUGGAUGGUUCCGUGGUGUUACAAAAAUCUGUGAAUAGGCUCCACUUUGGGAGCUGGGAAGAGAAAGAGAUGGCUGCUAUAGCUAUUGAGAAACUCGCUAAAGAAGACGUUAAGGCAAGGAAAUUUAUGGCAGAGCUUGGAGUUAUACAUAUGCUCGUUUCCAUGGUGGCUACUGAGGUAGUUGGUCGCCAUGGAGCCGCUAUUAAGGCGUUGAUCCAGCUUGCUAAUGGAACCUCUACAAACAAGGCUUUAAUGCUAGAGGCUGGAAUACUAUCAAAAUUACCAAAAGAUAUUAACGUUGUAGAUGAACAAACAAGGCAGGAAUUUGCAGAACUGUUAUUAUCCUUAUCUUCUAUAUCAAAUACGGAUUUCUGUCCGAACAAGCCGGAGAUCCUCCAGUUUCUGAUUGGCAUACUUGAGUCACCUUGUAGCUUUGAAACAAAGGAACUUUGUUUAGGUGUAUUAUAUAACUUGUCUGCUGUGUUAGAGAAUGCUGGAGCUUUAGUAUCUAAUGGAGUCGUCCACACGCUUUUGAACCUAUCUUCUUCGUUCAAAGAACUUUCAGAGAAAGCGCUUGCAGCGUUAGGUCAUUUGGUGGUGACAUUAAUGGGGAAAAAGGCAAUGGAAGAUAGUUCAAUAGUACCGCAAAGCUUGAUCGAGAUUCUAACAUGGGAGGAUAAACCCAAAUGCAUAGAAUUAUCGGCUUACAUUCUAAUGAUUUUAGCUCAUCAAAGCUCGACUCAAAGGGAUAAAAUGUCAAAGGCAGGGAUCGUUCCUGUACUCGUUGAAGUGGCCUUAAUGGGAAGCCUUUUAGCUCAAAAGAGAGCAAUGAAAUUGUUGCAGUGGUUUAAAGAUGAAAGGCAAGCAAAGAUGGGACCUCAUUCAGGACCACAGACAGGAAGGGUUCCAUUAGGUUCACCAUUGCAUCCAAAGGAGGCUCAAGAAGGGAAGAAAAUGAUGAAAAAUUUGGUGAAGCAAAGUCUUCAUAAGAAUAUGGAAAUGAUUACUCGAAGAGCAAAUGCUGGUGGUGGUGGUGUUGAUUCAUCUAAUCUCAAAUCAUUGGUUUCUAAAAGCUUGACUUUCUAAGUUUUCUUUUUAGUCAUCAAAAUUUUGUUUUGGGAACGCAAUUCUUUGAAAAUGGAAUGUAAUUAUGACACUAUUUCUUAAAGUUGGAGACUGUGUAGAUAGAGUUUUCAUUAAAUCGAAAUCAUCAAUGAAACAACUGAUUAAAAGUUAUUGAGGUAUCUCUUUUUUAAUAUAUGUACAAAUAAGUUGAAAAAAAUCAUUUUUUAUUUUCCGGAAACUUAUCUUCAUAAUUUUUAUCGCUAAAAUUGUUGUUUAGCAGACACUAAAAAAUCUGCACAAGAUGAAUAAUCCGAUCAACAAGAGGAUAAUUCCUAAAGAAAAUAAAUUAUAAAUAAUCAGAUCAUUAUAGAGGGGCUAAAUCCUAAAGAAAUACAUAUAUAGCGACCUCUCACAAAAUUUUACCUAUUUCUGCUGUAUUCUUUUUGGUACAUUAUUUCUGUUCUUCACGAGUUCGGGGUUUGGACUAACUGAACAAGGGUUUAAUCAGAAUCUUUCCUUCUUCGAUUUUUUCGUAGCUUUCGACGCUUAAGAGAAGUCUGUAAGUCUGUUAAAAAAAGUAGAAUUUUUAUUCUUUUUUCUCUUUCAUAGUUUAGUUUUCUUUUGAAGUUCAUGUCAAGUUUUAGUUUAUAAUUUAGUAAGAAGUCUCAGAGGUUGUUUACAUUGAUCAUCUAAACUUUGUUUUGCUUUUAAUCAUCUAAUAAUCUAACAGUUUACUGAUAAAAGGUAUUUUGCUUGUUGAUCAUCUGGGUUUUCCUUUUCUUUUAAAUUUUCUGCUUCUGCAUAAUGAUUAUAUGAUUCUUUUAUACAUUUUUCUUAUUUCAGAUUAUGAAAUUCUUUUUCUUUGGCUUAAGUUUGUUAUAUAUAUAUGUAUAUAUAUAUAUAUUUCUAUAUAUGUUCUCUGUUCUGGUUGUGAAGAAGACUUAUUUCUCUUGGAUUUGGACAUGGACAGUCUCAGCUUGUUUAUUGCUUGUCUCAUUAUAUUCUGGGGUUAAAUUUUGAAGUUGUGAUGGUCAAAUCUAGAUUGAUGCUUACAACUUUGAACAGUUGGGUUCACUCUUCCUCUUGAGUUCUUAAAAUCUCUGAAGCAGUCCCUCUGUAUUUGACUGUCUGUUAGACUUUUACCUACUUGAGAUACUUAAACUGGGAAUAAAAUAGAAUUCACUGCCUGUAAAAUUUUCGAAGCUCUACGACCAUUGGUUCCAUUCAGUUCUAGAUGUUGCAACUCGAAGCAAAAACUUCAAUGCUUUUGACUGCUACACCACAACUUUGGGGACUUGUCUACAUGUUCAUUUUUUGCUUUUGUGAUUUCAGCCUGUUUUUGCUGAAAUUUUAUUUGCUUUCGUGGACUUGAACUAUGAUCACAAGCAUUGCUGGAAAUAUGAUGUUGUAGCAUGUUUCUGGGAAAUUAAGUUUGGUCUAGUCGUUCCUUGUUUGUUCUUGGAUGUCGAGUUUCACUAACGUAAGUCUUGAACCAGGGUAUUCUGCAGUUAAUGUAACACCCUAGUGGAUUAAACCUGUUUCUGUGUCUGAAAAGUGAACUAAGUCAUCCAUGUUUCAAUUCAAUAUGGAUAGCAAAUUUAAAGGCAUAGUUUGGGUUGGUAACAUUUAUCAGAGGUUUGAAGCUUUGUGCUUGGAGAUGGAUGAUAUGGUCUGCCAGGAAACAUUCCAAUACGUUGAAGACCAGUUGCAGACUGUGGGAGCUAAUGUUAGGCAAUUCUGUACAGAACUAAUGCAAGAAGUGCUCCCUUCAUCUCCUACCAAUUCGAAGGAAGAACUUAACUUGUCUCUAUUGCAAAAUGCUGCUGUCACAACCAAUAAAGAUUCAAACAUAAAUGUUAAUAAAGAUUGCAUUCAGAAAGAACUGAUCCAUGUCAAAUAUAUUAAAAAUAUACAUUUAGGUUCAUCUUCAGGGCAAAGCACAGAGAAUGAGCGUGGCUUGGCUCAAGCAUGGAAGAAUGAAGCUCAUGACACUGAUUCUACUCUAGAUGACGCCUUAUUAGAAUCAUAGGCUGUUCCGAAAUUGGAACUAGAAACUGUUCCAGCUCCUGUUCCAUCGCUUAAUAAGGUGAAGCUUGAAGAAAGCUGGAUUGUGGUGGACAGCAGUGAGCUUCAUUCUCUUUCUAAUGAAUUACAAGAACGCCGAUCAUUCAAGGAAUGCUUAGUUGUUGUUUUGUGGGACAGGAGAAGUUUCAGGAGGCUUUUUCUUUGAAGUCAAGGUUAUGGAAGCCUGAUGAUGAGCAGCAUCGAAACAGUGUUGAGCAAUCCAGUGAAAGCAACAAAUCUGAGUGACAAGAAAUGGGAUUUUCCGAAUCGGAUUGGGAGAUUAUUUAAAUAAAGUUAAAAUGGAUUUUAGAAUAAGACGGGACAUUUACAUGGUUUGAAAAAAUGGAGAGAACUAGGCAGUCUAGUAGGCAUGAUUUGAUGGAGAGUUGUUGUCUAAAUUGCAGUGUUUCCUUGUAUUAAUCAUAUAACGUUAGUAUUAAUUUCAUCUUUUAAUUACAAACAAAGCAUUAAUUAA